CAAGGAAUCGUGUCCAACGAAUGGCAUUAAAUCACACGUCAUGUUUCGAUUACAUUUUGUAUCAAUGCAAAAUUUUAGUGUUUUAAAUUAAUGCCUUGAAAUCUUUUUUAGGACAGUGCAAAUUCAAAGUCACCAAAAAACACCCGGGCAUGUUCUUCGAAAAAGAUGCAGGACCCCAAAACGGUAUACCUUUCUUUCCGGCCUAUGACUAUGAGAACGUGAAUGGUGUGUCGGUUUGGUGGUUUGAAAGGGAGUUCUCACAAGGACAAUACGGAAAACAUGCCCAUAGGGGAACAAAUUCAUGCACAUUAAUAACAGUUCUAACGGCACAAAAAAUUGCUCAGGGUCGCAUAAAGACGGUUACAAAUUCAAGUCGCCUUCCGUAUGAAGUCGUUGAAACAUUCGCGAAAGCAAUUCUGGAUGGGAACGCUAAUUACGCACGACUUUAUAACGAAGGGAAGUUAACUAAUGUUAACCUCAACAUCCCUGAAGCCAUGGAAGCUUUGAAGAAAUUAUUAAAGAAUCUAGAAGAAUGGUUCUACGUUCAUACACAUUUGCCCGUCGUCAGUGGCUAUAAAAAACAUGCUAGUGAAAAGCUAUUCAGCGUUUUAAGAGAUGGAUUGGACAUGUGGCAUAUGGUUUACGAAGACCGCGAAUAUCUUUUUGUCAUUAUGAUUGCUGAUAAUCGAUCUAUUGUUCUGUGUUUCCAAAAGAGUACCAAGACCUUAACACUUUUCGAUUCACACCAACAUAGCGCCGAGAACGGCGCACUAAUUGCACAAACUUGCUGGAAAAAUCUUAUCAAGAUGUGCGAAUGGAUAAUCCACAUGUUUGUCGAAAUAUACCAAACACGGCCAAAUGUAUUCGAAUUGUCUUUUAUUCCCACAAAAAAAUGCGACAGUUCAGAAAAAUCGUAAACGGCAAAUAUACAAAAUUUUGGUUUUUAACGCUGUGGACUAUUUUAAUUUUGCAUUGAAAUUAAAUUGCGUCUGCACGACUGAUU